GCCUGUCGCGUGUGUUUGGCAACAAAACGUUGUAACAGAACAUGGAAACGACGUCGUACGAGGCAUUGAACAACAAACCAUCUCCAUCUCCUUACCUCGUACCUGGAAUAGUCACCCACAGUGGCUCAGUCACUCUCGAGAGCCGAAGGAGGAAAAAGCGGGUGGAAAAUGGAAGGACUCGGGUCGAGAUUGGGCAGGGCGUCCUCUAGGUACGGCCAAACAGCCACCGUCUUCAAUGGCCCCGUCCGGAGGUGGAAGAAGAGGUGGGUCCACGUGUCCUCUUCAUCCCCCUCCCUUACUUACCAAAACCCUCGCUCCCAAUCCAACAACAACGGCAAUAACUCUCGCCUCGUCCUCUGCCGCUGGACCGCAAUCUCUCCCGCCAACUCCCCCGCCGAACCUGCCGCCGCUCCGGAUGAGCCCCCUCGCCGGAAGUUCCGCUACACGCCCGUUUCUGUGGUAGAGGAACAUAAAAAGGGAAUUCAGAAAAAGGUUGGAGAUGCUGAGAAAACUAGUGAGGUUGAUGAAUCAGUUACCCCGAGUGAUGAGAUGCAUGUAAAACCAAACAUUGGUCAAAUUAUGAAGGAACAAGAUGAGGAGUCGGACGAGAACCAGUCUGGCUUGCAGGAUUCAAACAGAAGCCAUCUGGAUUUAGAUUUGGGCUUGAAAGGUCACAGUUCCAACCUUGAUUUAAUAGUUCAGGUGAAGAAGGGAAGCUCAGAGAGAUUUUGGUUGGAUUGAUGCUGAAGACAAAACCUAGAGCGGCAUGCGAUUAUCCAUUGGCAGGGGGUACUUCUUCAUGCCGUGUGAUUUGUAUUUAGUACGAUACUGCUUAUGAUGUUUGUAACUAAGCCGUAGGAUUAGUUUGUGGAUUAUCUCCCUAUAUGCAUGGUUAGUAAGUAGUAGUACAUGAUCAACGAGCACAUGAUGUUUCUGAGUGUUCGACUCCACUGUUUGUAAAGAUUACCCAUGUAGCUAUGUGCCACGCUAUGUGCCACUCUCUGUAUGGGUGACCAUUCCUGUUUGUGAUGUUGUGCCUGCGGCCUAUUUUUUAAUUUUUUUUUUCUUA